AUGAACAACGACCCGGAAGCUCACUCCGAAGAGUAUCAAUCGAAUACUUUAUACGUUGAAGAAAAGGAAGGGCUACUAACUGGGAAGGUCUCUGAAGAGCCGAAAGAUGAAAAUCAAGUUGAGGUUCGAUCUAGCCUAAGUCAUAAACUGAUAACUCCGAGUUUUUUUAAUGGAACCCAUGAUUUUUAUCCAACUGUACUUCUGGUAUCAUUCGAUGGAUUUAGAGCUGAUUACUUGGAUAGGAAUCUUACUCCUACGUUGGAUGAACUUAUUCAAAAUGGUAUUAAAGCUGAAUACUUGAUGCCAUCAUUUCCGUCUGUGACAUUUCCUAAUCAUUAUACAAUUGUCACUGGUCUUUAUCCUGAGUCUCACGGAAUUGUUGGAAAUGAAUUUUAUGAUCCUGAUCUUAAUGAUGAUUUUUAUUAUACUAAUCCUAAUAAAAGCUGGGAUUCAAAAUGGUGGGGCGGUGAACCGAUUUGGGUAACUGCUGUUAAACAAGGCCAAAAAUCCGGUGUAUCACAAUGGGUUGGAACUUCAUCUGUUAUUCAAGGAUAUACUCCAACUUAUCAUUAUUCAUAUACUCCUAAUGUUACUAUUGAAAAAAAGGUCAGGCAAAUAAUGGAUUGGUUAGAUCUUCCGUUAGAUAAAAGACCAACAUUCCUUGCUACUUAUGCAAGUCAAGUUGAUAGUGCUGGUCACAAAUUUGGUCCUGAUUCUGUGGGUGUAAAUGAUUCUCUUAAAUAUGUUGACAAUUUUGCAUUUGGUCUAUGGCAAGGUUUAGUUCAAAGAAAUUUAUCUGAUAUUGUCAAUUUUAUAAUAGUUAGUGAUCAUGGAAUGGUUCAAACUAUUUCGAGUAAUCAAAUUUUUUUAGACAAUGUUUUCAACGUUUCAAAAGUUCAUCCAUUAGAAGGUCAUCCAUUAGCUGGAAUUCGUCCUUAUAAUGAUUCUGAUAUCAAUGAAAUAUAUUUAUCAUUGAAAGAAGCGGGUCAAAAUCAGCCUUGGCAAUGUUAUCUUCGUGAGGAAAUUCCUGACCGUUUUCAUUUUCGUGCUUCGCGCCGUAUAGCACCCAUUUAUUGCAUUCCUCCUCUAGGUUGGAUUCUUUCGACACAUCGCGAUUUUGGUAAUUCAACACCAAAAGGUGCUCACGGUUAUGAUAACCUUGAACCUGAAAUGAGAGGAAUAUUCCUAGCCUCAGGUCCUGUAUUCAAAGAAAUAGCAGUGAAAAAAAAGACAAAUGUAGUAAAAGGUUUUAUUAAUACCGAAGUUUAUAAUAUAAUAGCUAAAAUUUUAGGUUUGACUCCUGCUCCAAACAAUGGCACUGUCGGUGGAAUUCUUUGA